AUGGAUGAAAACGAGUUUUUCAAGCAGACAGUGCAACAUUUAGCACGAUGUCUGUCCUGUAUAAAUCCUACACCCUGGGAAAAAGUAAACACAUUAUUUAUGUUAUGCCCACAAGCCAGCUCUUCAUUUGUAGUGACACCUCGCAGUCAAGAAGCAAGCAUUGCAUUAGGACUGUAUUUUUUACAAAGUGGUCUCCAACACCAAGAUAAACUUUUACCAUACUUCCUGAAAGUUUUGAAAUGCCUCACAAAUGCACAGUUUGAAGAGCCUAUGUAUAAGAUCAAAAAUAAUGAUCAUAUACAAUACACAAUUACUAUUGAAAAAUGGGGUAACAGAAUGGUG